AUGGAGGACAAAAUCAACUCCUUCGCAACAUCCUGMUUAAGAGUUAUGCUCGGAGUCAAACGAACGGACCGAAUCSCAAACACAGAGAUACMMGYCAGGACUGAAACAAARCCAUUGAUUCAGCAAAUUAUAACCCGUCAGCUGAAAUUUUUGGGUCAUAUCCUGCGACUCUCCGACAAGGAACCCGUCAAGUGCUAUGCUCUAUACAUCCCACCACACGGAAAGAGGAGACCAGGCCAACCUCGAAUGUCAUACCUUAAAUACAUUCAACAGCGGCUGGGGGAYGGCGAUGGCUCUCUUCGGCCUGACCAGAUUGCUGUCAUGGCGCAAAACCGGGUGCAGUGGAGAGAGAUUGUGGUCGCCUGA